UUUGGGUGGUGCCUCUCGGUGACGUCGGAGCGGGACGGACCCACCGGACCGCUGGUAUGAAUCGCUGGGAUGCAAGCCUCCUCGAGUACGCUGCUCGUGCCUCUGCGAGGAGUUUCGAGUCUCAGCACUGCGCGACUUGAUGCCAGUUGGCGGGCCGCAAACUCCGGCAACAUGGGCACGGGGGAUUACUUCUGCCUGACGGUACGCGGGGGCGCGCCCUGGGGCUUCAGCCUCCGGCAGUGCGAGGGAGAGGCGCACCACCCCAUACAAGUCGACCAGGUGGUGGAGGGCAGCCGUGCGUGUCUAGCUGGAGUGUGUGUGGACGAUGAGCUGGUGUCUCUGAAUGGAGAGCCGUGUGCUGACCUCACCCUCCUGGAGGCCAUCACUCUGGUGGACGCCUCUACCGACUGUCUGAAGCUGCUCAUCAAGAGGGCAUGUGUGUGUUCCCCCCCACCCUCAGACUCUGAGCUGGAGGGCCCGGUGGGGGUCGGGGCAUCAGCUGGCUCCCUCCAGUCCACCACCCUCUGCAUCCCGGCGCCCCAGCGCCCCCACCCCCACCGGGAGCUCUACAUCUGUGAGUCCCAAGACGAGGCCUACUGUGGGGAGACCGACAGCGACGCUGAGAACCAGAUCCCCGCGGCCCCCGCCCCCCUGCUCCGCUCCCAGCUCUGUGUGAGGGGGCUCGGGGCUCCAGACGCCCAGGGUCCGAAGCAGCGCGUGGCCCCAGUGGAGGUGCCUGAGGGGGGCAUGUUGGAGCUGCAGGUGUCCCUGCCUCGCCAGAGCCUGGAGGAUCCGCUCCUCGCCCCCCCCCUCUCGCUGGAGGAGCUGGGCUGCUCCUCUCUGGGGAGCGCGCGGGGGGUGGAGGGGGCGCUCCUCAUCACAGGGGGGGUCCUGGAACCCGAGGCCGAGCCUGGGCCCCCCCUGACGGCCGGUGGGGAGGUGCUGUACGUGCCUCGGAGGGAGAGGCAGCCUCUUGGCCAGCAUGGGGUGCUAGUGAGUCUGCCGCUGGGGCAGGUGGAGGUGAUGCUGCAGGCUGCAGGGGAGCAGGGGGAGGGGGAGGAGGGCGGAGAGGAGGGAGGGCCCAGUGAAGAUAACCCCGCCUCCUGCUCCGUCUCUUUCGGAAUCCUGUCAGAGGAGUCGGAGUCGGAGUCGGAGCGGGAGCUCAACCAGCCCAACAAGCACCAUCCUCGCCACGCACGGCUCAGGCGCAGUGAGAGUCAGUCGGAGAAGCAGGUGAAGGAGGCCAAGUCUAAAUGCAAGCGCAUCGCCCUCCUGCUGACGGCCACCACCCCCCACCCCAGUAACAGGGGGGUGUUGAUGUUCAAGAGGCACCGGCAGAGGGCCAGGAAGUACACGAUCGUCAGCUACGGCACCGGCGACGAGGAGCCCCACCUCUACGACCCGGACGAGGACGGCGACGAGGACGCAGAGGACGAGGACGAGGACCCAGGCGGGCAGCAGAGAGACGAGCGGCACACCGUCCACUUCACGGUCCUCGCCAGCGGCGGUGGAGAGUGUGAGGUCGGUCAACGGGCGGUCGUGGGCCUGCUAGAGAUCGAGCGCCAGCUCUUGGAGGACAUGGACAGUCUGCCCGACACCAAGGGCAAGGGCGCGGUGAUGUUUGCGCAGCGGCGCCAGCGCAUGGACGAGAUUGUGGCGGAGCACGAGGACCUGCGCGAGAAGGGGUUGCCUGUGGAGAGCAUCCAGGACGUGGAGAAGCACCUGGCCUACCAGCAGAUGGAGGAGAGAGCCUACCUGCAGCACCAGGAGAGCCAGAACUACAUGGACGUCAACCAACACCAGCAGCAGCAGCAGCAGCAGCAGCAUCAACAGUACCAGCAGUACCAGCAAGAACAGCAGUACUACCAGCAGCAGCAGCAACAGUAUCAGCAGCAGCAGCAGCAGUAUGAACAGCAGCAGUAUGAGCUGCAGCAGCAGCAGUAUGAACAGCAGCAGCAGCAGUACCAGCAACACAUGCAGCUGCAACAGCAGUACACGCAGCACAUGAACGGCACAGUCCAGAGUGCUGAGAUGCAGUUGGCCGUGGCCAACCGCAGCGCCAAGCCUUUCUCUGCGCCCGAGAACAGCACAGCCUUCACGGAGGGCCAGGAGCAUGCCGAGUACUCAGCCCUGGGUCAUGGGGAGCAGAUCGCCUCCCGGGACGAGCGCAUAGCGGUGCCCGCCAUUAAGACAGGCAUCCUUCAGGACCCGCGCCGCCGGAACACACCCGUCAAGCCCAUGUUCUCCUUCAAGGAAAAGCCCAAGUGGUCGCCCAACCCGGAGCUGCUCAACCUGUGCAACCGCGGCGACAGGAAGCCGGGCUUUGACUCUGGCCCCGAGGAGGACUACCUCAGCUUGGGCGCAGAGGCCUGCAACUUCCUGCAGGCGCCCCGCGUCAAGCAGAAGGUGCCCCCCCCAGUCGCCCCAAAACCCCACAUCAACCCCAACUCGCCCCCCUGGUCCCCGCAGCCUGAACCAGACUUGCCCCCUCAGGAGAUGCCCCCCCAUGCCGAAAACAACCUCCCCGUGUCUGCAGAGGUUGCCCCCACCCCUGGCAUGGAGUGCCCCCCCACAUCUGCUCAUCUCCAGCCAGCCCACGACGCCAUGAUGCCCCCCCAGCCCCCCUCCCCAGAGGAGCAGCAGGCUGCAGAUGCAGCAGGGUGGAGCCAAGCAGAACCACAGGCCCAACCGGGGCAGCAGCCAGAACCCUGGGGAGAGAGCCAGGCCCCCCAGGGCCAGCCACAGGCACCUCCAGAGCCGUCCGCAGACUCCUGGGUUCCCUCUCAGGCACCUCAGCAGCCGCCUGUAAGCGGAUGGGGGGUUCCUGCCGAGGCACCCGCUCAGGUCCCUGCCCAGCCGCAGGCUUCCUGGACGACCCAGCCACAGCCACAGCCACAGUCGCAGCCACAGCCACAGCCACAGCCACAGCCACAGACACAGCCACAGCCACAGUCACAGCCACAGCCACAGCCUCAGGCUGUCGAGCUGCCUUCCCAGAUGCCUGCUGAGAGACAGAGCCAGCUGCCCUGGGUGACGCACGAUCAGGGCCCCCCUGCGCAGACGCAGGCGCCCAUGCAGCCUCCCCCACAGGCUCAGCCCUCAUGGGUAACCCAGCCCCCCCCACAGCCCCCUCCUGCCACCACAUGGGCCCAGGCCCCCCCCCAUAUGCCACCCCCCCAGCCCCACUGGAGCCAGCCCCAGCCGACCCCCCAGCAGCAGUCCCAGGCCACCUCCUGGGCCUCUGGCCAGAGCCAGCACCAGCCUCCCUGGGCUCAAGCAGCUCUGCAGCCACCGCAACCGCAGCAGCCGCAGGGUGACUCCCAGCCCCUGCCCCCCUGGGUCACCCCCGCCCAGGUGCAGCCCCAGGCUCCAGCCGGCGGGUGGCCCCCCUCCCAGAGCCCCCCCCAGGCCCAAGUUCCCUGGGCCCCCCCCUCCCCAGCCCAGCCGCAGGCUGCGGCCCAGCCAGCGGUGGGCGCUCAGUGGGCGCAGCAGCAGCAGCAGCCUCAGACUCCGCAGCCUCCUUGGGUGCAGCCCCCCCCAGCCCCCCCCACCCAGCAGAUGCAUCAGGCUCCCCCCAUGAGUGCCUGGCCGCCAACUACCCCAGCGCAGAACCAGCCACAGCCACCGUGGGCUCAUCCUGCCCAGCCACCUCCCCAGCAUCCGCAGCAGCCGCAGCAGCCGCAGCAGCCGCAGCAGCCGCAGCAGCCGCAGCAGCAGCCGCAGCCGCAGCCGCAGCAGCAGCCGCAGCAGCAGCCGCCGCCUCCAGCUGCCCCGUGGGGGCCGGAUCAGAACCAGGUACAGGCCCCCUGGGCCCCCCCACCCCACGCGCAGUCACAACCCUGGGCCCAGCAGCAGCAGCAGCAGCAACCCCAGCACCCCCCUGGUGCCCAGUGGAGCCCCCCCACACCUGCUCACAGCUGGGGGCCACAAAACCCCCAGCAGCAACAACAGCAGCAGCGGGGCCUUGCAACCCCCCCUAUAGGGAACCACGAGCCUCCCCGCCCCACCCCCCCUCCCCCUCAGAGGAUGAACUCCUACACGCUGGGCUCCAAAAUCCCCCCCACUCCGUCCCCCCCCUGCGAGGAGAGUCCCCCACCCUUCUGCUCCGCCUUCGAGAUUCCCGCUAUCGGGGGCAAAGGGGCGGAGCUGUUUGCCAAGCGGCAGACGCGCAUGGAGAAGUACGUGGUCGACUCCACGACCGUGAAGGCCCACAAGCCCCCGCGGCCCACCUCACCCAGCCCCUCCCUCCCCGUCACCUGGAAGUACUCCCCAAAUGUGCGCGCGCCUCCGCCCACGAACUACAACCCCAUGCUGUCACCCUCGUACCCCCCCGGCGCCAUCAAGCAGCCCCCCUCCUCCAGCCCUUCCCUCAAGCCCAAGGGUGCAAAGGGCAAGGAGAAGGCCAAGCCUGCGCCCAAACCACUGCAUGUGCUGGACGUGAUGAAGCACCAGCCCUACCAGCUGGACGCCUCGCUCUUCACCUACGGCCCCGCAGCCGAGGCCCUCGCCGCCAAGCAGAAGGUCGCAGAUGAGGCCGCCGCGGCACAGGCUGCAGCACAGGCACAAGCUCAGGCAGCAGCACAGGCACAGGCACAGGCUCAGGCACAGGCACAGGCACAGGCACAGGCACAGCAGCAGGUCCAGUACGAGCACAUGCCCCCCGGCUACGGCUUCAUGCCCCAGCAGCAAUAUGGGAUGGCUGGCCCUUCCCCUGCCAUGCAUGACGGGCACUACCACCCAGCCAAUGCCAAUGCUUAUCAGCAGCCUCAGAUGAUGCAACAGCCCGCCUAUCAGCAGCAGCCAGCCUAUCAGCAGCCCUACAGCCAGCCGUACACGCCCACGGCCCCCUACCAGCAGCCCCCCCCAAACACAGCCUACCCGCAGCACCAGCCCCCCCACGACCCCUACCAGCACCCCCACAGCGCUGCCUACCCUGCAGCCCCGGCACAGCAGCCUGCGGCCCCCGCCCCAUCACCAGCGUACCAGCCAGCGCCGCCCAGCUCCUACACGGUGCCCAGCUACCCCGCGGGUGCCAAGCCGGACUCGGGGUCAGGGGCCGGCACCAUGGCAGCGCCAAAGCCUAAGUUUGCCGCCAAAAAGAGCGCAGCGCAGGCUGUGAGGAGUGUGUCUCUCUCUCCUCCAGCUCGGCUGCCCUUACUGCCCCGAAGCUCCCGCUCAACGUCCGCCUCUCCGCUGCCCCGCCUCUCCGCUGCCCCUGCUGACGGCCCCUCAGCCUGGACGGAGCGGGGGCACAAGCCGCCGUCGCCAUGGGAAGCCGCCUCCCGGCACCCGCUGGGCCUGGUGGACGAGGCCUUCGCCUUCCAGAACCUUCAGCAGUCGCUGGCGUCCAGCCUGAGGACCGCCGCCGGGCGCAAGCAGCUGCCCACCCCGCCGCCAGAGUGGACGGCACGCGUGGCCUACGAGCCAACCCCCCGCCCGCUCAGCUACAGCUCCACCCUCCCCCGUAGCCACACCCCUCCACGAUCCCCCCAGCCCUUCCUCUCCCCCACCAAAAGCUCCGCCUCUGCCCCCGCCUCCAGCGGCCUCUACGCUGCCCCCUACAGGCAGACUCCGCCCCUGAGGUCGCUCACGGAGGUCAGUCUCGGCCCCCCCUGGGUCAGCCCAUCUCAAAGACCCACCCUGACACACCCACGCACCCACAGCCGGUAUCAGUCCAGUUACAGCACCUGGAGACGCUAACCCCUGACCAGGGCGGAGCUCGAGGAGGACCAAAUGGCCCAAACACAAGGAGGAACCCACAGAGAGACUUUUAGAACACGCCCCAUGAGGAGGAACCCACAGAGAGACUUUUAGAACACGCCCCAUGAGGAGGAACCCACAGAGAGACUUUUAGAACACGCCCCACGAGGAGGAACCCAUAGAGAGACUUCUAGAACACGCCCCUACGGAAAAAGAGAAACUUCUAGAAAACGGCCCAUACGGAAAAAGAGAAACCUCUAGAAAAAUGACCCAUAAGGAAAAAGAGAAACUUCUAGAAAAUGGCCCAUACAGAAAGAGAGAAACUUCUAGAACAUGCCCUGUAGCUGAUGGUCGGGACAGCGGAGGUUUUGGUGACUGAAGAGAGAAAGUUUCCAGAGAAUGUUCUGUGGGAGGUGUGUGUCACAGAGAGGAACAUGGAACAAUGGAGAGGUCUGGCAGAACAUGCCACUUUGUUCUGGUUUGUUUGCAGAAAGGAUGUGGUGGAAAGUGAAGUUUGUGUGUGUGUGUGUGUGUGUGUGUUGUGUGUGUGUGUGUGUGUGUUUGCGUUGCGCACUGUGUGUGUUUG